AGGUGCAUAUACUGGAUAUAAAAGCAAUAAUAUUUGUGUCUAUUAUUGUUUGAAGAGAUGUAUAAAAAUUGUUAUUUAACAGUUUUAUACAGUAUAGCUGUAUUAGCUAUAUUGACAAUUACUAAUUGUAAUGGUGAACAAUGUGCUAAUAUUAACAUUGAUCACCGUAUCGAUUGUACACCAGAAAUUGACAAUGUUACACAAAGUGAAUGUACCAAGCGCAAAUGUUGUUUCAAUGAUAAAUUUACACGUAGCUUAACAAGCAACAAAUCUAAAUUCAUACCAAAAUGUUUUAUGCCGACCGACUAUACGGGCUAUAAAGUAACCCAAGUUGGCCAACAACAAAAUGAUCAAGGUCAUGUUAGCGUAUUUAUGGUUAAACUUGAACGACAAAUACCGUCAGGUUUUCCCGCGGAAAUACCUGUAGUUGCCGUCGAGAUAACACUACUUAAUGAUCAGUCAUUGCGACUGAGAGUUACCGAUAUGAAGAACAAACGAUAUGAGCCGCCACUACCUGAGCUUAAUCUACCAAAACCUACCGAUUCUUUUAAUACACUCUAUAAAGUCAAUGUUGAUAAAACAGGUUUACUUGAAGUAAUACGACUGGCUAAUAGUGCCAUACUAUUUAAAACUGAUUUGACCAAGCUUAUUUACACAAAUCAAUUUAUACAACUAAAAAAUAAGUUAAGUUCACCCCUGAUCUAUGGUAUCGGUGAACAAAAGGCACCGUUCCUUAAGGACACUCAAUGGCACAUGUAUUCAGUAUUCAAUCAUGAUCAACCGGGUGAUUCAUUUAGACCACUUUACGGUUCCCACCCGUUCUAUGUAAACAUUGAAGACAAGAGUACCGGUUUGGCACACGGAGUCUACUUAAGGAACUCCAAUGCUAUGGAUAUUCUAUUACAACCCGAACCGGCCAUCACAUGGCGUCCCAUUGGAGGUAUACUCGAUGUGUUUGUAUUUGUUGGUCAAUCUCCCGAUGAUGUGGUGCGACAAUACAUUAGUUUAAUUGGUAAACCAUCAAUGCCUCCUUUCUGGUCACUGGGUUAUCAUCAAUGCAGAUGCUGUACUCAACCAAAUACAUUAGCCGAACAAAUGGUUAUAACUAACCGUACAAUUGCUGCGGGAAUACCGUUUGAUGUCCAGUGGAACGCCAAAGAGUAUAUGGUUCAGUUCAAUGACUUUACUUUAGAUGAGGACAGGUAUGGAGGUUUCGGUCAAUGGAUUGAACACUUGCAUGAUAUUGGUAUGCAUUACGUGCCUAUUAUUGAUCCGGGUAUUGACCCAAAACAACUAGCAGGAACCUAUCCUCCAUAUGAUGACGGAGUCAAAUAUGACGUGUUUAUCAAAAACAGUACAAACGGUACAUUUAUGGGUCACGUUUGGAACAAAAGCGGGUUUACCGUAUGGCCUGACUUUACAAACCCUAAAUCACCCGAAUAUUGGACCAAACAGUUCCGUGAUUUUCACAAAAUCGCACCGAUCGACGGCGCCUGGAAUGAUAUGAAUGAAAUAUCUAAUUUUGAGAAAAAGUAUCCAUGUCCUAAAAAUAGUUCACUAGAAUCGCCACCAUAUGUACCAAAAAAUUUGAAAAGUAUGACAGAUAUGACACUAUGUAUGACUGCCAAACAUCAUAUCGGUGUCCACUAUGAUGUACACAAUUUGUAUGGCAUUUAUAUGGCAAUUGCCACUGAUAUAGCUCUGAAAAGUGUUCGCCAAAAACGGUCGUUUGUUAUAUCACGAGCUACCAGUCCAGGUCAGGGACGUUACUCUGGACACUGGGAUGGCGAUACUGAUACUACAUAUAAUGAAUUAGCUUGGACUAUACCAUCAAUCAUGAAUAUGAAUAUGUUUGGCAUACCAUUAGUGGGCGGAGACAUUUGUGGAUUUUUGGGUAAUGCAAAAAAUAAUACUUUCUAUCAGGAAAUGUGUGCUAGGUGGAUUGAAGUGGGUGCAUUCUAUCCAUUUGCAAGAAAUCACAAUGAAAAACAAAUGGACCAGGAUCCAGUAGCAUUGGGCACUGUAGUCACACGGGCAGCUAAACACGCAUUGGAAACACGAUAUACAUUACUCCCAUAUCUCUAUACAUUGUUUUAUAAGGCACACACUAAUGCCGAUACCAUAGCGCGCCCGGUAUUUAUGGAACAUCCGCGCGAUCCACACGCUUACGAUCCAUCAAUUGCCGAAACACAGUUCAUGUGGGGAUCGGCCUUAAUGGUGGCACCAGUAACACAACCUAACGUCACAAAACUUAAUGUAUAUUUGCCGGCAGGUCUAUGGUAUCCUUACAGUGCUGCCACUUAUGGAAAACCCAUCAAUAGUAGUGGUCAAACAUUAGAGUUUGACACACCGGUAGAUAAAGUUAACGUUUUCCUAAAGAGUGGUAAUGUUGUACCAGUGCUACCUUCACGACAAACUACUACUGCUAUGCGAAAAGAAAAGUUCACAUUAGUUGUUGUUUUGGAUCAAAGUGGUAGUGCUAAGGGACAGUUGUAUUGGGACGAUGGAGAUAGUAUCGAUCCAAUUGAAAAUAACAAAUAUUCAUUGUUUGACUUUGAUGUGCAAAAAGGCUCACUCUCUACUCGUUCAGUAGUAGAUAAAUAUCGGGAUCAAGAAGUAGUGGUCAAUAAUGUAAUAGUUUUGGGACUAAAAACAAAACCAAAUGAAAUAACAAUUAACCAGAAAAAGUGGUCAAACUUUAGUUAUGAGGAAAGUCUACUAAAAUUGACAAUCGAUAAAAUGGAGCUUAAAUUAAAUGGAGUUAACAAUCAUGUUAUGUGGAAAUAAAGUUAUUUAAAU